ACGUCGAUAUGUCGCAAAACAGCGUGUAGCUGUGUAUGCCGGUAUUAUUUUGUAGGACGUCUCAGAACGCUUAUUUAAAUGCGAGUCUUUGUGUGUGCUUCUCGUCAAAAAUAAGAAAAAGAAGCUUAUAAUAUAUUUUGUAUAAUUUUGUAUGUUAUAACCUAUCGAGAAGAUCGCUGUUACGUGACGUAGCUUAAAUUUGAUAAAAUCCUACAUCUUCAAUUUAGUAAAAGCUAUAAUUUAAAGCUACUUAUUUCCUCGAAAGUAUAAACUGUCGCGAAAGAUAUUUACAGCUCUAGGAAUGCAUUCUCUAAGGAAACUGUCCGCGUCAUUUAGUCGUACCCUGAGAAAUAACGUACGACGAAACCUAACCUCCCAACCUGCUGCGAAUGUGAAUGUUGACAAAGAAAAAACGAUAUUGGUGAAACAGAUGGGUAAGGUGACUACAAUCGGUAUUAACCGUCCCGAAAAGAGGAAUUGCCUGGACGUGGCGACUGCACGUCUACUGUCAGAAACGUUGGACGAAUUCGAAAAUAACGAAGAGUCAUUAGUGGGAGUGUUGUACGGAGUGGGUGGCAAUUUCUGCGCUGGUUACGAUCUCAAAGAGAUCGCGGAGUACAACGGCGAGAACGAGGAAAGCAUACCACAUUUUGGACCACUGGCAAAUAGAACUGAAUUGUCCAAGAAACCGUUGGUCGCAGCUUUGAAUGGAUACGCAGUCGGGGUGGGAUUCGAGCUCGCUCUAAUGUGCGACUUGAGAGUCAUCGAGGAUACAGCGAUGGUGGGCUUCGUGAAUCGACGUUUCGGCAUUCCGAUUUCGUUUGGGGGCACCGUCCGUUUGCCCGCCAUGAUUGGAUAUUCCAGAGCUAUGGAUCUGAUACUGACCGGAAGAUUAGCUACUGCGCAGGAAGCGUUUGAUUGGGGAAUUGCGCACAGAUACACAUCUUGCGGUGCAGCUUUGGGCACAACAAUGAACUUGGCGAAUUCUCUUGUAAAAUUCCCGCAGAAAUGUUUGUUGGCGGAUCGCGCCUCGGCAUAUUUUGCCACGUAUUCGCCGAAGCAAAUGGAAGAGGCGUUACAAUUCGAGAAGGAUAACUCUUCGCAUUUGAUAUUUGAGGAAGGUGUUCCAGGUGCCAAGAAAUUCGUCGAUCAUGGAAUUGGCAAGCACGGGAAGUUUUAUGAUAUUAAACCGAGAGAUACAAGCAUUCGAGAACUAGAUGAAAAUUUAUUAUAAGAACUUGCGUAUAUAUAUAUGUGUGUGUGUGUAUAUAUGUGUACAUAAUGUUUUUUUAGUAUAGUUUGUUUUCAAAUAAGUAUAAUAAACUUCUCAAUUUUCGUAAUACAUCUUCGUCAAUACAACAAAUAGAUUAUAUAAAAAAACAUUUAAUACAUGAUAUCCAUAUUUAUUCUUUUUACAUAAAUUAAAAUACUAUCAAAUGCUAAAUUUAAAAUACUAUCCAAUACUUUACGAUACUUUUACAAUACUUUUCAUUACUAUUGUACGUUAUUAUGCUUCUUGAGCGCAGAUUUAACGGAAGAUUUUCGCGCCGGUCUUUGGAUUUUCGAUAGAAUGUCGCAAUAUUUUUUGGCUGCCUUUCCGGUUAGAAGCGGCGUAAGGUUCAUUAUCUGCCCGUUUUCAUCCCCUGAAAAAUAUCUUUGGUAAGUCUAGCAAUAAAUAGUUAUAAUAUUAUUAUUUACGUUCGAAGGUAACGAUAAAGUAUGUCAAAUCUGAUUGAAGAAUGUCUGUUCCACGUGUACAAGGUUCAUAAAAAGACACAUUCUUCUGUUGGCAAUUUAUUUCGUCGCACAAAUCAAACUCGCCUGGAAUAAAUUGUUUUCUACAAGAGAUAUUGAUUUUUGCGAUAUUUUUAAUAAUUACAAUUCUAUGUCGCUUAUCAAUUUUAAAAUCGAAAUUGUACGAUCGAAAUCGUAUAUCAGCAAAGUUAAUAUAAUCAAUAUAUUGAAAGA